AUGCUGGCCAUAUCAUCAAUUCUUGGGGCAGCUAUCGCUGUUGUGAUCAUCUCACGCAUUCUGUCGAUUGGUCGCCGACCUAAGAACUACCCACCAGGUCCUCCUACACUUCCAAUUUUGGGAAAUAUCCAUCAAAUGCCCUCGCAGGAUGUCCACCUCCAAUUUGAAAAAUGGGCUCGUGAAUACGGUCCUGUUUACAGUCUGAUGCUCGGUACAAAGUGUCUCAUCGUGCUCUCGAACGAAGAGGCUGUGAAGGAGUUGCUCGACAAGCGGAGCAACAUCUACUCCCACAGACAAGAGAUGUACAUUGGUCAGACGUUGUGCAGUGGUGAUCUCAGAUUAUUGAUGAUGGGAUAUGGGCCUACUUGGCGUGCCUUUCGCAAGAUGGUACACAGCCUGCUCAAUGUGACGACUUCGAAGAAAUAUGUGACCUAUCAGAUGUUGGAAAACCGACAAAUGCUCUACGAGUUCCUGACACAGCCCCAAGACUUCCUCAAACAUAUCCGUCGCUACUCCAAUGCACUUACGACUACUAUGGUGUUUGGAUGGAGAACACCCACAUACGAGGAUGAGAAGAUGAUGCAACUAUUUGACGGCUUCUCUGAAUUUGCAACCAUCAAUCAGACAGGCGCGGCUGCGCUCAUUGAUUUCUUCCCUUUCUUGCGCCAGUUGCCCGAUUUCCUUCUGCCGACCCAAAAGAAGGCCAAGGAGCUUCACAAGCAUGAGAAAGCCCUGUAUCGAGGCCACUGGCUCAAGGCAAAGAAGCAAACACAGGAGAAUACCAUUAAUCCCUGCUUCUGUGCAGGCAUGUACGAGGCACAGAAGCGCGAUGGAUUUAGCGAUGACCAGGCAGCCUAUAUCUCCGGAACGCUGCUGGAGGCUGGCUCUGAUACAACUUCAAGCACACUUUAUGCAUUCAUGCAAGCUAUGCUGCUAUUUCCUGAAGUCCAACGGAAAGCACAGGCAGAGAUCGACAGAGUCAUCGGGCCAAACCGUCUCCCUAUCAUGGAAGACUUGGCUGAUCUGCAGUACAUCCGGGGCUGCAUGAAAGAGUCACUUCGAUGGAUGCCAACUACCAUCUUGGGCGCCGUGCCGCAUGCCGUGACACAAGAUGAUGAAUACAAAGGCUAUUUCAUCCCCAAGGGAGCAGGAGUCAUGAACAACGUGUGGAGCAUUCACAUGGAUCCGAAGCGACACCCGAAUCCACGCGUCUUCAAUCCUGAACGGUAUGAAAAAGACCGUCAGAGCUUGGGAGAUGCGGCAGCCAACCCCGACCCUUCCAAGCGAGACACAUUCACUUUUGGAGCGGGUCGUCGUAUCUGCCCUGGAAUCCACGUUGCCGAGCGAAGUUUGUUCCUUGGUAUGUCGCGCGUCUUGUGGGCAUUCAAUAUUGAGCCGGCGCUUGAUGAUCAAGGAAAGCCAAUUAUCCCAGACCCUGAUCGGUUGACGCAAGGGUUUGUUUGUAUGCCUGAGGAGUUCCCUGCUCGCAUCACUCCUAGGUCCAAGGAGCGGGCGGAAAUGGUGGCACGAGAAUGGAAGGAGGCACAGGCGGAAUCUCUUGAUCCUCACACAAAACAGUGGAUUCAGUCACCUGUGGAUAGACCGAAUGUAUAG